UUAAUUAAAGGUGCAAUUGAUAAUGCGGGAACGCCAAUCGUCAGCGAAGCAAUCCGGGCGCAUAUCGAGAAAACACUACACUACGAUACCCGACUGACAGUCCUUGGUCACAUUCAGCGAGGCGGCAAUCCCUCAGCGUUCGACCGAUUGCUUGGCUGUCGUAUGGGUGUCGAAGCAACGAUCGCAGUCACGGAAAUGGAUGCACAGGCAGAACCAUGCGUCGUGUCUAUCGAUGGCAAUCAAAUCAUCCGGUUGCCACUCUUGAGUUGCGUCGAUAAGACCAAAGCUGUUAAGGAUGCAAUGGACAAGAAGGAUUGGCCCACUGCUCUGCGGCUUCGCGGUCGAAGUUUCCGGCGAAAUCUCGAAAUGUUAGCACAGCCAUAUUAUUUUUAUAGUUCUUUCAGUAAAUUAAUAUAAUA